AUGUUCCUCUCGUCCCUCUUCGACUGGAGUGAGCGUUGCUCAACCCUGGCUCCCCGCAGCGAGGAGGAGCUGGUCACCAACACGCUGACCCUGGAGCUCAGCGCGCAGCUGAAGCGGGCCGAGAAGAUGCACCGGGAGCGGGCGGUGGAGUGCAAGCGCUUGAAGCAGGGGGUGGACUACAGCUGGCUCAUGGCCCAGCCCAAGCUCGGCUACCAGAUACCCCCCGGGGAGCAGCUGGAGCUGCAGGAGCUGUGCUCCAAGAUCAAGCCCUCCCAGUGUGGGCCUCUCAUUCUCAGGUUCCGGAAGCUGAUCCGGGAGUUUGAAUCCGAGGUCCCGGAGAUUCCCCGGAUCUUUCGGCUGACGCUGCUGGAUUUCAUCGAGCAGGAGCAGGAGGAGGAGGCGCGGAGGAUUCUGAUGAGGCAGAUGGAGAGCAAGCGAGGCCACAGCCUCUCUGGGCUCACCCUGAGGUCCCGGCUAAAGAUCAACCCAUUCUGCCAGGAGGAGGGCAUCAAGGAGGCAGGCACUGGCCUGCUCGCUGCCCGCAGGGUGAGGAGUAUGCCCGAGUUCAAUAUCAGAGAGGAUAACUAA